AUGGGGAUCGUGCAAUUUCCGCCACAGUGCAUGAAAGUCUCCCCAAAUGCGGAUCAAUCCAAGUAUUGCAGAUUCCAUAGGCAGGUGGGCCAUGAUACUGAUGAAUGCAACGUGUUAAAAUGCCAAAUUGAGGAACUCAUCCAGAGGGGCUAUUUCAGACAGUUCGUCAAACGGUCCGGCCAGCAACAAACUCCGCGCAAUCUACUAAAAAAUUUCCCUGUGAAUUGCACUAAGACACUGCCAGGACGAUCUGCAACCAACUAUACUCCGGUGAGUACAGCAAUUCCCUUCUCAAGAUGGGGAAUAGAUUUGGUGGGAGCCAUUCCCACGGGCUCGGGAAGUCGGAAGUAUAUUAUUGUGGCCAUUGACUACUUUACCAAAUGGGUGGAAGCUGAACCUCUAGGUAGUAUCACAGCAGCAAGAUGUAAGAAAUUCGUAGAGAAAAAUAUACUAUGCCGCUUCGGCAUCCCCAUUCAAAUAAUCACUGACAACGGAUGCCAAUUCGAAGCAAGGGAGUUUUCAGAAUUUUUGACGGAAUGGGGCAUCAAGUGCAGUCAGGUGGCGGUAUCAUACCCCAGGAAAAUGAUCAAGUAG